AUGAUAAACAGCUGCAAACUCCUUGACCUUGGAUCGCAUGGCUCUCCAUACACCUGGAAUAGUCGUUGUCAUGGUGGGGUAGAUAUUCGAAUUAAACUUGAUCGCACUCUAGCUAAUGCAUCGUGGAGAACUCACUUUGAGAACGCAGUUGUUUUCAUUCAUCUGGCAGUUAGUUCAAAUCACAACCCCCUUCUUAUAGAUACAGAUGGGGGUAAAUCAGGUGGAUCUCAACCAUUUCAGUUCGAGUCGAUGUGGCUUCGCCACCCCAAAUGUAAGCAAAUCGUCUCUCAAGCUUGGUCAGCACCUACUGUCGGACCUUCUACAUCAACCAUCAUUUGUAAGUCCAACAGAUGUAAGCAUGCUCUGAAAUGCUGGAACAAGGUAGAAUUCAGUAAUGUGCAAGAAAAAAUCAAAUCUCUUAAAAGCCAGCUUGAAAAGAUCCAAGGGCUUCCUCCUUCCGAUUACAAUCAGAACAGUGAGAGUCUCAUUUCCUCUUUAUUGGAGGAAGAAUUGGCCAAAGAAGAGGCUUUAUAG